AUGGCGCGCGAAGCGCAUGCGGAACGGGCACAAAGAAAAAGAAGUGUGGAGGAGAAGCAGCCGAGCUCAUUCCCUUCGCUUCCGGGCCCAAAGCAAGCAGUCUUUCUGGCCAAAUCAAGGAUUGGGGGCUUCUUGCUACGCUACUUAACUAUAAAAAUCCAUUUUAAUUCAUAA